AUUGUAAUAAUUACUUUAUUCACUUAUGAUAUAGGUAACAAUGUUAGCAAAUAGGGUAUUUAUUGGUGUAAUUAUAAUCGCAUUAUUAGCAUUCUACAGGCUAAUUAUUGCUAUAUAAAUACAAUGUACCUUGAUAUUUUUGUCACUUUAUGUGUGAUUUUACUUUCGUGUAAAGUGAAAUUGGGUUUUUUUAAAAUUCAUAAUUACGUAAGUGUGCGUAUACAUAUAGGUAAGCACAAUAUUUUUAGUUUCAAUUUCAUUACACAUUAUCUACGCAUUUUUAGCAUAAAAAACAUCGUGACUGGCAUUUUUUAGCAAUGGCAAAGAGCAAACUCUAUUUAUCUCAACCAAGGAAAAGCAAAAAGCUACGCAUGAAAAAGAUAGCUUUAAUGAGGUGGAAGGCUAUCGGAAAAAAUUCGCAAAAUGUUCCGAAACUCCAAAGCGUUGGUACAAAUGAAAACCAAAUUUCGACUGAAACCAUUCUCGAUUUUGAAGGGCAAUUGGUAGUGUCUAACCAUACUGACUGCAGAGAACAAAUGAUGGAUGAAUUUAUCAAUUCCAAAUCCUCCUGUUAUAUUGAUUCCGAUAUUUCAAACGCAGGAAGUGUUAGAGACUGCUCAGAUAACGAGAUUUCUGGAGAUGAUUCAGAAGAUAGGUCCUUGGUUUAUGAGCAAAGCGAUAUGGACAUAAGUGAAGAUACGGACCUUGAGGAACUUUGCUACGAAAAAGCCACAGCCAAUAGUAGUUUGUUCAAAACAAGCGGUAGACGAAUUGUGAACAUUUCAUACCUUUUCAGUCAAUUGAAAUCUUUGAAGCAUGAAGGUUUUAACUGUUCGUUUUUUGACUUAAACCUUGUUUCUGAAAAAAUUGAGGGUUUACAUAGCGUUUUCUCCUUUAAAUGUGAAGUAUGUAAUAUUAUUCAAAAUAUAAGGACCGAAGAUCCAGAUAAUAAUGUAAACGUAAACUUGAUGGCUGCAAUUGGUUGUAUAAGUGCUGGUAUCGGUUAUUCGCAACUUUCUGAAAUUCUUGCAUCAUUGGAUGUCCCUAAUAUGUCACACACAACGUACAGCAAACAUCACAACCAGUUGUUUUCGGUUAUACAAACCAAAAAUGAGGAACUUAUGGUAAACGCUGGAAAAGAAGAGGCUUUGUUGGCGAAAACUUCCGGUGAAGUAAAUAGUAAAGGAAUACCGAUUAUAUCCGUUAUAGUUGAUGGAGCUUGGAGCAAGCGCUCAUACCGAACAAACUAUAAUGCUUUAUCUGGAGUUGCAUGUAUUAUAGGAGCAAAGACAAAAAAACUUUUGUACAUUGGAGUUCGGAAUAAGUACUGUUACGUAUGCGCAAGAGCAACAGUUUUAAAAGAUCAUGAUUGCUUCCAAAAUUGGCAUGGAACUUCUACAUCAAUGGAAGCUGACAUUAUUGUGGAAGGUUUUAAAAAGUCUGUAAAAACGCACAAUUUGAUAUAUGGGAGAGUGAUAGGCGACGGUGAUAGUAGCGUUUAUAGAAAGUUGACAGAAGCAGCACCAUAUGGACCGACAUUUGUAAUACAAAAAAUUGAAUGCCGUAACCAUCUACUUCGAAAUUAUUUGAACAAAAUCUCAGAAAUUUCAAAAGAUUCGAAUUUUCCAAUAGCACUACGAAAGAAGGUUACUAAUAGCGACACAUUGGGUCGCUUCCGGAAUGCGGUGACUAAAGCUAUUGAACACAGGAAAAACGAAAAUAAACCAUUUGAUGAGAAAACAAAUUCAUUGAAAGGGGAUAUUUUAAAUGGCCCAAAACAUAUAUUUGGGGACCACAGUGCAUGUGACGAUUACUUUUGCAAGGGCGGGGAGGAAAACCUUGUACCUGAUCUACAAUCAUGCGGUUUGUAUAAUGUAGUGAAAUCUAUAAACAUGCGAUUGGCAAACAAUGCUGCCAGUCUGCUACAUGACGUUGACACCAAGGCCGCCGAAACCUACAAUGCUAUAGUCGCCAAGUUUGUAGGAGGAAAAAGAAUUAACUUUUCGUUAAAGAAUUCUUACCAAAUAAGAUGUAUGGCGGCGGCAAUUUCUUAUCAUUCAUCUGGAAGUUUUAUGGCAAUUAUUUUAGAAGAACUAUCUGAAUCGGCUGCAGGAACUUAUUUAGAAAAGUAUUUAGUAAAGAGAAGUAAAGCCAGAGAAAUUCGGAGACAAGGAAAAUGUGUGAAGAGGAAAAAAUUUGCUACAACAGAUAGAUCUUAUGGUCCAGAGGCGUCUAACAUUAUAGCAGAUAUGGACGAAGCGCUUUACACAAAAAAGUGUAACGAAUUUUUACGUGAAUUGGAUCAAGCAGACAAAGAAUUAAUUUUUCGUUCAUCAUUGUUGCAAUCUGGGUCAGUUGUUUGGAAGAGUGAAAGGAUGAAACGAAUUACCGCGUCAAAUUUUGGAAAAUAGUACUUCAACAGCAAAAACAGUUUCAGCAUUAUUAUACUCUUCUUUUAAAGGUUCCAGUGCUACACAAUUUGGUUUAGAAAGUGAAGAAACCGCAAUUGCUUUAUUCGAAAGUAAAUAUAAUAAAAAGGUAAACAAAAGCGGCUUAGUAAUAGAUCCAAGUAUUUCUUAUUUGGCAUGUUCUCCGGAUGGCCUAGUAGACAAUAAUGCGAUUAUUGAAAUAAAAAGUUCGGAUAAAUCUGGUCUUUUGCCACCAACUGAUGCGAUACUGCAAAAAAAAAUUGAUUAUUGCUUGCUGGAGAAUGAUCAGAUUACACUAAAACGAAACCACAAUUAUUUUUAUCAGGUGCAGGGUUUGUUACAUAUAACUCAACGGGAAGUAUGCUUUUUUAUAUUGUAUACCAGAGGAGGAUUUCAUGUUGAAGAAAUUUUAAGGUAAUUAUUACAAAUUUUUAUUUAUUGACGUUUAUUUGUUAUAUUUUUAGGGACGAUUCUUUUUGGUCACAGUACAUGGAAAAACGGCUACGUGAUUUUUAUAUGUACAGUUUACUACCUGAAUUAGUAGACCCGAGAAGAUCUCGCCAACAAGAAAUUAGGAAGGUUUACCUUACAAAAUAAUUUUUCAUGUAAUUACUGUUAUACUAUACAAUGUACAUUUUUUUUUAUUAGG